CGCACGUACACGCACACUUACACACACACCGCCUUCACCUAGAGAGGCAAGUUCUGUUACCCCAUCUUAGAGAUGAAAAUGAGAAGGCAGGUACGCGAGGGGAAAUAAUCUGACGAUCCACAUCCAGUUCUUUUUAGGCCUUGUGGGCCCGGAGUUGGGUAGGGGGCACACCAGCUCCCAAGAAGGCCCUGGAAUUCUGUGCCCCCACAUUCACCACUUCCUUCUGCCCUGGAUUUCCUGGAAAGUGCUGCCGAAGUGGUGUGGGUGGAAGUCCUGUGGUCCCUCAGGUUGCAGGCUCUGCUGAGAUGGGGCCCAGAUACCUUUUCUGGACGGCCACAGUGGCAGCACUGCUUCUGAUUUGGGCUGCUUCAAGGGAAGUCUCUCGGUUCUGCGGCCACCUUGCCUACUGGAACCCUGACAACAAGUGCUGCAGCAGCUGCCUGCGGCGAUUCGGGCCUCCUGCCUGCCCUGGUGAGCACUAGAUGGUGCAGAGAUAAGGGCGCUAGGAAGUGGCAGGGCCUUGCUGGGCCCGGCGGCGGCGUGGGGCUUGUUUGGGGAGUAGGGGCGAUGAGUCUUAGGCAAGUAAAACUGGGGGGGUGGGUGGACCGAGCCUGUGCAGAAAGGGUAGGUUAGGAUGGGGACACAACGCGAACUUUCCCUGUGAGUGGGGAGAAAGGGCUUAGGUAGACUUUAGUGUGGGCAGCGCUUGGUGGAGUGGGUGGGGAAAGGGGUGGGGCCUCCUGCGGAUUUGAAGAGGGAGGGCCUGUGCUCAGAGGUACCUCUGGAGCCCAUGUCUCCUAGACUACGAGUUCACGGAAAACUGCGGACUCGAUGACUUCGGCAACACCGUAGCACAAACUUUCAGAAAAUGUUCUCCUGGGUAUUGCAACCCCAAUGGCACAGAGCUGUGUAGCCUCUGUAGCAGCGGAGCCACAACCCCCACACGCAUGGAGAGCCACAGUAGAACCCAGAAGCGGUGUAGAAAGAAACCCAUCCCUCCCAAGGAGGUCUGUCCUCUGACAACUGAAGAAACACGAGUCUCUAGCUCCCCAGUGCAGGGGCAGACAACCAACGAGGCCUCCGCCCCGCGCUCCCUGCUGCCCCUGACGGCACUGUUGCUGGUGCUCCCGAUACUGGCAGUGGUCUUGCUCCUUCUGUUCAAGAGGAAAGCCCGUUCCCACCCCUGUCCCAGCCUGUCUCUGGGAGACCCCAGCAGCUCCACACACCGGCCCUCUCCGGCCUCCCCGGAGGUAUUGGGAAGUAGGAGCACUGGGAAGACACCUCUGCUGCAGCUCUCAAGCUGGGAGCUUCAGAGCCUGGCCUCACAGCCCCUGGCUCGCCUCCUGGACGAGCUGGAAGUUCUGGAGGAACUGAUUAUGCUGCUGGACCCUGAGCCUGGGCCUAGCGGAAUCAUGGCUUAUGGUACCACACGACACCUGGCUGCAAGAUACGGGUUGCCUGCCACCUGGUCUACCUUUGCCUACUCACUGCGGCCCCAUCGCUCACCCCUGAGAGCCCUGAUUGAGAUGGUGGUGGCAAGGGAGCCAUCUGCUACUCUGGGACAGCUUGGCAUACACUUGGCCCAGCUAGGGCGGGCAGACGCACUGCAGGUGCUAUCCAAGCUUGGCUGAGUCAGGGUUUGCUGGGGAUUACUACUCAUUCAAUAAAGUUUCCCUUGAAGCCAA